GCUAUUGUUUUAACCGAUGGUGAACGCAUUCUCGGACUCGGAGAUCUUGGAGCCUACGGCAUGGGUAUUCCCGUUGGAAAACUAUCUCUUUAUACUGCUUUGGCGGGAGUACAUCCGGAGCACUGCCUGCCCAUUCUCCUUGAUGUUGGUACUAACAAUCAGGAUCUUCUUAAUUUGGCGUAAGGCUAUUUUAACAGCGAAUUUUCACAAAUUAAGUUGA